CAAGCCAGGCGGAGUCUAUGACCCAGCGGACAGGGUGGUACAAUAGCCCUGUUAUGCCGUAAUGCGGAGAGCUUGCUGCUAACUCUGGGAAAUACUGUCCCAAAAAAUACCGUUUUACUAAGAGUCUGCGGUGUUUUAUAUGUGAGGAAUUGGGUGAUAGAUAUCACGAGUCUCAAUAAGCUGCAGAAUUUACCGCUGCCCCAAGGGAUGAGAGGAGGUUGGUUGGAGUGCACCAGAGGAAGACUUUGUGACAGGACAUUUAUGGAUACGUCAGGAUGAAACGGCUCAGGUCUUCAAGCAGCAGUGACAGUUCUGACAAUGAGAGUCCUUCCACCUCAUUCUGCUCCUCCAACAAGUAUGGAAGCAAACCUGGAACCCCUGCUCCCAUGCCCAAGAAACCAGCAGAGGUGUUCAGGAAAGACCUGAUCAGUGCCAUGAAGCUGCCAGACUCUCACCAUGUCUCCCCUGAAGACUAUUACCUGCUGGGGGACACCUGGAGACAGGAGUGGGAGAAGGGGGUGCAGGUGCCCGCCUUCCCUGAAACCAUCCCACACGCCUCUAUCAGGAACAUAGCGGAGAAGCCUAAGGAGACGGUGUUCACCCUACAGAAGAGGUAUAUCCAAUGCUGGAGUCAGGCCUCCACAGAGACGGGUUACGUUAACAUCAAGGAGCUGGCUGAGGCCAUGUGCUCUUAUGACCUGGAUAACAUGGACCUCUACUGGCUGCAGGCACUCAACGCUGAGCUGGAACACAUGGGGGAGGGGCCUGUAGAUGAGCUGACAAUGGAGCGUACCAUGGAGGCAUUGGAGCGUCAUUGCCAUGACAACAUGAACCACGCCAUCGACACGGUAGAAGGGCUGGGCAUCGAGUACGACGAGGAUGUCAUCUGUGACGUGUGUCGCUCCCCCGACAGCGAGGAGGGCAACGACAUGGUCUUCUGUGACAAAUGUAACAUCUGUGUUCAUCAGGCGUGUUAUGGUAUAGUGAAGGUACCAGAUGGUAACUGGCUGUGCAGGACGUGUGUCCUGGGCAUCGACCCCCAGUGUCAGCUGUGCCCCAUCAAGGGAGGGGCGAUGAAGGCUACGCGGGCGGGCACCAAGUGGGCACAUGUCAGCUGUGCCCUGUGGAUCCCUGAGGUGAGCAUCGCGUGUCCAGAGAGGAUGGAGCCCAUCACCAAAGUGUCUCACAUCCCCCCCUCCCGCUGGUCUCUCAUCUGCAGCCUCUGUAAACUGAAGACUGGUGCCUGUAUACAGUGCUCAGUGAAGAACUGCACCAUCCCGUUCCAUGUGACGUGUGCCUUCGAGUACAGCCUGGAGAUGAAGACUGUCCUGGAUGAAGGAGACGAGGUGAAGUUCAGGUCCUACUGCCUGAAGCACAGCAAGCCCAAGAACCAGGCCUCCUCCGACCCACCAGCCCCCGGCAUCAGCCCCUGUCAACCAGCCCACAACAAGCAGCCCAAGGCAGGGGAGCCAGGCUCCGGUCUCAGUCCGGCCCGGCCCAAACCACCCGUAGACCCAGAGAGGGGGGGCCUGAGGGCCCAGAGGUUACUAGAACUAGAGGAGGAGUUUUCUACUCUGAUUCACCCUGAGGAGCUGGCCCUGAACCUGGGCCUCCCUCCCAGCCUGCUGGACUUCAUCUACCAGUACUGGAAACUGAAGAGGAAGAGCAACUUCAACCGUGCUCUGCUGCCCCCUAGUGAGGAGGAGGGUAACCUGCUGCUGUUGCCUCAUGAAGACAGCAUCCACACACGGAUGAGGAUGUUCAUGCACCUCCGACAGGACUUAGAGAGGGUGAGGAACCUGUGUUACAUGGUGAGUCGGAGGGAGAAGCUGAAACUGUCUCAGAGCAAGGCACAGGAGCAGAUCUUCAACCUCCACGUCAAACUGCUCAGCCAGGAGAUCUCCGCUGGUCUGCCGGUGGACAGCAUGCUGUUCCGGCCUCCUCCCAGAAUCACCCUGAAGCUGAAGAUGCCCAAAGUGACGCUGGGUAACGGGAAGACCGGCUCCAAGUCAGGCAACGGCCCUCUCUGUCCAGAUAACAGCGGGAAUGUUCACGAACGUAGUGGGGGAGGGAAGGGGCUGGGUAAGGAGGGAGGGGCGCUGGGUAAGGAGGGAGGGGCGCUGGGUAAGGAGGGAGGGGCGCUGGGUAAGGAGGGAGGGGCGCUGGGUAAGGAGGGAGGGGGGCUGGGGAAGGAAGGAGGGGGGCUGGGAAAAGGUAAGGGGGGAGGGUUGGGUAAAGGAGGAGGGAAGCCUCAGCUCCAUGGGCGAGGCAGGAGAGAGGAGCGCUCCAAUGGCAGUCUACUGUCAACCUCUACCUCAGGUCAGUCAUGUAGAGAGAGCAGUACCACCACUGGACCAGCACUGACCAACAGCAUGCCCAGAGGCUCAGCCCUGCCUAUCAAAUCUACUGGCAAGCCCCUGACUGGCAAAACCUUAACGGGUAAACCCCUGGUGCUCCACGGCCAUUCCUCCAAUGGAAAUGUUAAACUGGACCCAGACCGAGCGGGCCACACCCCCAAAUCCAACGGUGUGAUGGAAAAGAUGGUGGGCGUGACCCAGAAGGACACCGCCUGUCAGACCCCCAGUGAACAGGAAGCUGGUGAGGGGUCAGAGGGCAAGGGCAGCCAGUCAGCUAGCUUCAGGAGGUCAACCAUGGAGCACUUCAGCCGGUCAUUCAAGGAGGCGACGGUCAGUUUGGUGCGGACCACAGAGGACCUGCGGGGGGACAAGGUGUCCCAGGGGGGUAAAGGCUCCAGAUCAGCCCAGGACCGGCCCUGGGCCAAACCAGCUCCUGGAGUCCCCCAAGGAGCCAGUGGUACCAGAUCAGCCCAGGACCGACUCUGGGCCAAACCAGCUCCUGGAGGCCCCCAAGGAGCCAGUGGUACCAGACCACCACCCUACCAGGAGACGGACGGAUACUGCCCUGACCUGGAGCUCAGUGACUCGGAACCAGAGGCUCAAGGUCAGAGGUGGAGGCAGGGUAGGGGUGACUCAGGGGGCCAGGCAGGAGGAGACUACAGCAGGGGGAACAGCAGAGGGAAGCAGGGCCUGGGGGGGUCCAGUAGAACCUCAGCACAGAGGUGACAUCCCUGACCCCUCACUACUGUAGACACUGGCCCCAGUUCUGUCACCGCUCUGUCAUUCCCUCUCUGACCACUGGAGCCCUGACCAGCCAUAGAGCAGCAGGGGCCAAUCGCAGCCAUCUAUUGGUAAACUGGGGCAUCUAUCUAUUGGUCAACUGGGACCUGGGCCCCCAACACUGGCUGGGGCAUCUAUCUAUUGGUCAACUGGGACCAGGCCCCCCCAACACUGGCUGGAGCAUCGAUCUAUCGGUCAACUGUGACCAGGCCCCCCAACACUGGCUGGAGCAUCGAUCUAUUGGUCAACUGGGACCAGGGCCCCCUACACUGGCUGGGGCAUCUAUCUAUUGGUCAACUGGGACCAGGCCCCCCUACACUGGCUGGAGCAUCGAUCUAAUGGUCAACUGGGACCAGGGCCCCCUACACUGGCUGGGGCAUCUAUCUAUUGGUCAACUGGGACCAGGGCCCCCUACACUGGCUGGGGAAUCUAUGUAUUGGUCAACUGGGACCAGGCCCCCCUACACUGGCUGGGGAAUCUAUGUAUUGGUUAACUGGGACCAGGCCCCCCUACACUGGCUGGGGAAUCUAUCUAUUGGUCCGCUGAGACACACAGACAGGAGCAAAGGACUGAUGCAUUGCGGGCGUCCUAGCCCAGAUCAUCAACUCAAUGGGACUCAGACGUGUGUCCUCCUGUUACGGAUCCUCUAUCUCUCUCCAUGCUCGCUGUGAGCGGAGCAGUGUUGUACUGUCUUCUGAGAUUAAACGACUUGUCUGUUUA